CGACGCUCUAGACCCCAAAGGGUCCGGAUAUUCAUAUUGAUACGACAUUGUGGCUUCUACCUAGGCUUGAUCCCUUGCGUAGGGCGGCUAUGGCUCUAGACUUUGAUAAACAGCCUGAAAUGCAUCGCUAGUAUGCUAAUUUGCUGGAUAUGUUGGCUAAUUACCCGACGCUACCGGACACAUCGCCACAAUAUAAAGCGACCUUGGAUCUCUUUAGACUUCUGUACGGUACCAUGAGAACUAGAAAGCUGUCGAUGGUGUUGUAUGUGGCAUCCUACUUCUCGAUAAUUGAUGCAUGGAAAGGCUUGAGAACCGGCUAUAAAAGGGGGGCUCGCAUGAUGUAUGCCAUCCAACAGAGUUGGUCACAGAAAAGUAGAUUCUCUCACUUGGAGUUCCUCAAUAAACUCAUAUUCCCUCAACCUUGGCAGAUCCUAAAAGCCGUCAUGCUUCGAGCCACCGCACUUCUCCUCGCCGUGUUCGGCUCCGCAGCCGCUCUCCGCAUCAAGAGCGUCACCCACAGCGGACCAGCCUGUCCCCAGAGCGACAGACUGACCUGGUCCGGCGGCCUGGACGAUUUGACCAUCACCCUCCCCGACUUCAGCGAGACUAUAGCUGCCGGCCAGACGACGAGCUGCCAGGUACACCUGCUCAUCGACGAGGGCGAUCCGGGUAAGGCUUUGCUGCUGCAGGAUGUUACCGUCAGCGGGGGGCUCUACCUGAGUUCUAACACCAAGGUCGAUUUCUAUACGACGGCUUAUUGGUCCGAGACGGCUUCUGAUACUGUGAGUCGUUGUACAUGCUUGUUGGGGGUUCGAUGGAGGAAAGUUGCUGACUGGUCGAACAAGGUUGCCAAGUCUACGAGCACGGCGUCGGGCUCGGCGGCCGUUUUCCGGAACGUGGAUGUGGCUCAGCGAGUGAACUCGGCGUCUCCUUGUACUGGUAGCGAUGGCUAUGUCGGAAUUCUGAAUGUGGCUUUUCGCAUCAUCUCCCAAGGCGGGGGGUUGGUUUUCUUUGGUAAAGAACGCAAGGAUGUUGAUACGUCUCCGGUCGUAGAGUCGCUUGCUUUCAAGUGGCAGAGCUGCUAGAAGUAAUUGUGCAUAUAGAUGGCGAAGAUGACGAAGAUGACGAAGAGGUUGGCAAGAUUGAGGGGUAGGUAUUGCAAAAGGAUGUCUA